AUGGACGAAGGGAACCAAGUUAAGUUCGAGGGAACAACAUCGAUCACUUCAAGAAAGAAUUAUGGAAGCAAAAUAGAUGAAGAAACACAUGAUUGUAUGACCGAUGACGUCACUGAUGUUUCGAGGUUCCGCAUCGUCGCUGAUCAGAUGGACAACCUCUUCUCCAGAAUGUUCCAGGCGCACCCAGAUCGUGUGAUAUUCAUGCGAAAUGGCAAAGUAGUCUACAUCGGGAAAAACAUCAUUCAACACGUCAAGAACCCUACGCGAUUAAUGACACAUGAAGCACGUGACUGGUUGGAAGAAAACUUCCUUGCGCUAACAGAUUUGCUGACAGGCGUGUUCUGUACAUCACUCACCAUCGUCGUGUCCAUAUUACGUCACCUGCAGCUGAACGAAGUGUGCGCCAUACGUCGUUGUUUCUGCAGUUCUUUUGUUAAUAUAUCAUCCCUUUUCGUCGCCUUUGCCUGUCUUGACCGCUUCCUUGCCAUCACACGACCGCUUCACUACCACACAAUAAUGACCGUCCGCCGGGCUCGGAUAACAAUCUUAGCCAUCGCCAUUUUCGGGACGUUGGUGGGGGCUUUUAGUGUUUUCCCAAGCUCUAGAACGACGCUCUGCAUCUCUAAUUUCACCUCGAAUUCGAGUUUACGGUUCAGACCGAGCGUCUUGGUUUCAAUAACAACUUUCUUUGGGAGUUUAGCUAUAGCAAUGUACACCAACACGCGGGUGGUUGCCGUUGCGGUACAUCAGACAUACCGCGUCACCGACGAAGCGGUUGCGAAUGGAUCCGCUGCGGGUGACGCACCCGUGCAACGUCCUAAACUGCGCGGACUAACCGCAAUCGUAAUUGCGACGUCGGCCUACUGCGUUGCGGUGAUCCCGUGGGCGAUCGUCUCCGCUGCGCAGAUGGAUCCAUCGACCACGAUUUCGUCACCCGACGUCAGGUUCUUCACUAGUCUGCUCCUCCUCAGUAACAGCUAUUGGAAUCCACUCAUCUUUGCUCUCCUCAGUAACAAGUUCCGUGCCGCUGUGAAAAAGACCCUUGGUAUUAAAAGCGAAGAUAAUCAGAAUGGGAACGUUACCAUGUCAUCAAUUGCUGCUAGCUAG